AUUCGGAGUGGAGGUGCGGGACCACUUCCAGCUGUUCCACUGACAUCAUUACUGCACUUCGUUACGCCCAUGUGGGCGGAGCCACCAUUGUAAACAUGAAUAAAAAUGAGCGCGAGAGCCGGGGAAACUUUACAAUACGCAGUGCAUGAGAACCACACUUCGCAGCCCCUUAAGAAACAGUGCGAGUUACUUGUUAGCUGAAAGCCGGGUGGACGCUCACUUGUGGAUGCACGCGUUCUCUCAUUUCAAAGGAUUCAUUUCUCGUGCGUUUCUCUGACAGGUUCCGCGAAGAUGUUGCAGGCUUGUUCUCCACCGCACGACUGGCUCUGCGACUCCGAGCCGCUGCUGUUUGAUGACGAGUUUUGCCUGAGUCUCAUGAAGGACUUGCAGUCCAUCCCCACGCCGCCUCAGUCCCCACCGAUGAAAGCCGGGCUCGCAAAGAAUUUAUCGACGGUGGAUCAGCUGGAGUUAGUAUCUGAACUUUUAAUAGAAGACAGCGACUUUCUCCAACUGGACUGGAACUUUACCGGCAGCGGUUCUGCAGCGGAUUCGGAUCCGCUCUCGGAAGACUGCCUGUGGCAAAGCGACAAACCGAACGAGGAUAAACUCUCUGCGGUGCUCUCCACAAGUCCCUUGCUCUCCGAUAUUGACACUGAGAUUUUUGCCGAAAUCGUCGGCUCUACGCUGGACUGCCACAGUGUGGCGCUCGCUUGUCAGGCUCUGGAGAGCGAGGACUUACCGCUGGACAGCCAGGAGCAGAUCGAGUCCACGUCUGAUUAUGGCUCACUGUCCACUGAAGGAGAAUCAUCCACAAGCGAUUCUGAGGAGGAGAUUGACGUUGUGACUGUCCGGCGGUCGAACACGCGUUCCCAGCACCAGCAGCAGCUGGAGGACAGUCGGCGCGAGCAACAGCGUGCUUUGAAGCGCUGUCACUUUGAAAUCCAACAACAGCACAACUACGCUGCCCCAAGGCCCGCCUCUCCUCCGCCCCCUCCCUCCCCUCUCAAACGCUCCCGAGGGUCCGGAGACUCCCACCGAAGCGCUCAGAGUACGGGACGCUCUCGCAGUCUGGCCUCCCGACAGGGGGUGGACACUGAGGACGAGGAAGAGAGACGGAGGACUCACAACGUGAUGGAGAGACAAAGGCGCAACGAGUUAAAGAACUGCUUCCUUAGGCUACGGGACAACGUCCCUGAACUGUCCAAUAACGACAAGGCAUCCAAGGUGGUGAUUUUAAAGCGGGCUAAAGAAAGCAUCAGAAAUCUGGAAGCAGACAACCAGAGACUAAAGCAGAAGAGAGAGAAACUUCGAGAACGACAAGAACGUCUGAAAGCAAGACUGGAGCAGCUCAAGAGGUUGUGAGAGUCUGGGACUGAACAAUGCCAGUUUUGGUCACUAGGUAGUGGUCUGGGACCCUGCUGGUUUGAAGACCGUAAUGCUUGUGACUGACUGUAAAGACUAUGAUGUCUGAGAAGAUUUUCCCCAACCUUUAAGUUCCGUUUGCAAACAUGCAUGGUCAAUGCAAGAAACGUUCUCAGUGUUAUGACUUUAGAUUGUGUUAAAGUCAUUUAGUUCUUGAGUCUUAAUAUGAAACUGUUUUGUUUGCUGUAUAUUUGAUGAAUAAUCAGUUAAACGCAUAGUUAGCCUUAAAAGAAACACCCUAGAUGAUCCUCACACAUUCUACCUUUUUGUUCUUGGCAUAAACUUCUUGUUAUAUUUUGGGCUGGAUCCAAAGGAUGUUAAAAAGAAAAUGAGUUGAAUGUAAUUUGAGAUGAUUACGUUUUUAUAGACUAAUGUUUGCAAUUGUUGAUGUUCAGACUGGAAAGAUAAACUAUAUUGGAUUCAUGUUCAUGCAUAGCUUGUAUUGUUGAGGUCUGGAGUUAUGGAGCGUAUUCAUAUUUGAAUCACACUCUGUUUUGCCUCCACGUGUCUUUACUUUGUCAGUUUUUGUAUGUUCCCUCCCAUUUCUCUGUUUAUCUACCUCUACCAGGAAGAAGCCGUCUAUUUUAUUGCCUUCAUAAUGGCAACUGUAUAGAUUAUUCACUUUUUUUUUAUAAUGUAAAUACCACCUGUUAAUUAUGUAUUAUAAAUUAUUUAGGCUUUUUUUGGUUCCUUAGUAGGUUUUUUUUUUUGAAAAAAAAAAGUUCUGUUCAUCUUCAAUGGCACUUUGUUUUCUAAAGUAAUAAAGAAUGAGCAAAAUGA